GAGCUUGACCUUUUUCCUAUAAUAAAUCGAAGAACAGAGCAGCAUCGUCAUCCUCACCAUUUCACUCUUCUUGAGUAGCGCCGGGGGAACCAGCCUCUGCCUCCUUAUCCAAAACCCCUCUAAACCCUAGUCCUCAAUUCGCCCGCCGUCUUCACCAGCUUGGAGUGAAUGGCAUCAACUUUCACAGCCAUGUCUUCUCUUGGCUCUCUUUUGGCUCCUUCUGCCACUGAUAAGAAACUCUCAGUUUCCUUGGAGAAGUUGUCCUCUCUUUCUUCCAUUUCUUCAUCUUCCUUUGGGAGGAGUCGGAGUGUUAAUCUCAGAAAAUCACGUGAUUCUAAAAUUUGUGCCAUGGCAAAGGAUUUGUACUUCAACAAGGACGGGUCAGCAAUUAAGAAGUUGCAAACAGGUGUGAACAAGUUGGCAGAUUUAGUCGGGGUCACUCUCGGUCCAAAAGGAAGGAAUGUUGUUCUUGAGAGCAAGUAUGGUUCGCCGAAAAUUGUAAAUGAUGGUGUUACCGUGGCAAAAGAGGUUGAACUAGAGGAUCCAGUAGAGAACAUUGGAGCCAAGCUCGUGAGACAAGCAGCAGCCAAGACCAAUGACUUGGCUGGUGAUGGGACCACCACAUCAGUGGUCCUCGCACAAGGUUUCAUUGCUGAAGGGGUCAAGGUUGUGGCUGCUGGAGCAAACCCUGUCCUAAUUACCCGAGGUAUCGAGAAGACUACAAAAGCCCUUGUGUCUGAGCUCAAAUCAAUGUCAAAGGAGGUUGAGGACAGUGAGCUUGCUGAUGUGGCGGCGGUGAGUGCUGGAAACAAUUACGAGGUUGGCAACAUGAUUGCUGAAGCUCUGGGUAAAGUGGGCCGGAAAGGAGUCGUGACCCUUGAAGAGGGGAAGAGUGCUGAGAAUAGUCUCUACGUAGUCGAGGGAAUGCAAUUCGAUCGAGGCUACAUUUCGCCCUACUUUGUGACUGACACGGAGAAGAUGGUGGUUGAGUAUGAUAACUGCAAGCUUCUUCUGGUUGAUAAGAAAAUAACAAAUGCUAGAGAUCUCAUAAAUGUUCUCGAGGAUGCCAUCAGGGGUGGGUACCCCGUCUUGAUAAUCGCAGAGGAUAUCGAGCAGGAGGCUUUGGCAACUCUUGUGGUGAACAAGCUCAGAGGGUCUCUGAAGAUUGCAGCCCUCAAAGCUCCAGGGUUUGGAGAGAGGAAGAGCCAGUACCUUGAUGACAUUGCUGUAUUGACUGGAGGGACUGUCAUUAGAGAAGAAGUGGGCCUGACCCUGGACAAAGUGGGAAGCGAAGUUCUUGGCCUCGCUUCUAAGGUGGUUCUUACAAAAGACAUCACGACAAUUGUUGGUGAUGGAAGCACUGAGGAAGCAGUGACCAAGAGGGUUGCACAGAUUAGGAAUCUCAUAGAGGCAGCAGAGCAAGACUAUGAGAAGGAGAAACUCAACGAGAGAAUCGCCAAACUCUCUGGUGGUGUUGCUGUCAUACAGGUUGGAGCGCAAACUGAGACUGAGCUAAAAGAGAAGAAGUUGAGAGUCGAGGAUGCUCUUAACGCAACGAAGGCUGCAGUUGAGGAGGGUAUUGUUGUAGGCGGCGGAUGCACUCUCCUACGGCUUGCAUCAAAGGUUGAUGCCAUUAAGGAGACGCUUAGUAAUGACGAAGAGAAGGUUGGAGCGGACAUUGUGAAAAGAGCUCUAAGUUACCCUCUUAAACUGAUUGCCAAGAAUGCCGGUGUCAAUGGAAGCGUUGUCAGUGAAAAGAUUAUCUCCAUUGAUAACUUCAGAUAUGGUUAUAAUGCCGCGACUGGGAAUUACGAAGAUCUAAUGGCCGUGGGAAUUAUCGACCCUACCAAGGUGGUCAGAUGCUGCCUGGAACAUGCAGCCUCAGUAGCGAAAACUUUCUUAAUGUCCGACUGUGUCGUCGUGGAGAUUAAGGAGCCCGAACCUGUUCCAGCAGGCAACCCGAUGGACAAUUCAGGAUACGGCUACUGAGUUCAGCAAACGAUCAAGAGACUGAAUAAGGCGGCCUGAUCCCAUGGAUGCCGUGCGGCGAGUUUUGUAAAUCUAGCGACUGAGGUCCGAUUAUUGGAUCUCAGGAAUUCUUCCUAAGUGGAUACAAACGAAAUUUCCGAAUAGAUGUACGAACCGGGAUAUUCUUCGAAAGUCGAAGAGAAUUUUUCCAAGUCUUUGGUCAAGGUUAUCUUUUACUUCCCA